GAAAGAAAAGGCUGGCAGGAGACGCUGAACAAUUUUGUCGAGAAAGGGGAAGUCACUGCUGCGGAUUUUCCAGAUCCGGAAACCGACGACGAGAGUAGCCUGCAAGACGAGGAAGAAGACACGCCCGACGCUGACGACGGAGAGGAAACAUCCGAGAGUGAAGCAGGUAUGGAGGAAGAGACCGAUGAGGAAAGUGAAGAAGAGGAGGCGGCGGCUGAGGAUGAAGCCAAAACAGCUGAUCAAAGCGCAGACGAUUUGGCUGACGACAGCGAAGACGGCGGCCCGGUGCAAAGUGAGGCGAAUGAACUGGACCAAAUCAUGAGAGGGGAUGUUGACCAAAGCGAAUCUGAGGGUGCAGACCCGAACGGGACGGAUCAAAAUGAUCAGGUCGUGACGUUGGAAGUUGACCAGGGUGAGUCGGAUGACGCGGUCCAAAACGAUGAGGAUGCCACUGACCAAAUACUGACGGCGGAAGUUGACCAGAGGGGGUCAGAUGACGCGGUCCCCGACGGCGAGGAUCGAAACGACCCGGUCGUGAUGGGAGAAGUCGACCAAGGCGAGACGGACGGCGAGAAGCAAAACGCUGAUCAGACAAACACG